AGGCGGAGCCGGGAGCGAGGCCAGACCGCGGGGGCCCGGGAGGGCUGCAGAUCCCCGAGGCUCCCGCAGCCGCGGCAGGACCGGCCAGCGGCGCCAUGGAGGGGAGCCCCAUCCCGGUGCUGACGGUGCCCACGGCGCCCUAUGAGGACCAGCGACCGACCGGUGGCGGCGGGCUGCGGCGCCCCACAGGGCUUUUCGAGGGUCAGCGCAACUACCUGCCCAACUUCAUCCAGAGUGUCCUGUCGUCCAUCGAUCUGCGCGACCGUCAGGGUUGCACCAUGGUGGUGGGCAGCGACGGCAGGUACUUCAGCAGGACGGCCACUGAGAUCGUGGUGCAGAUGGCUGCGGCCAACGGGAUUGGUCGACUGAUUAUUGGGCAGAAUGGCAUCUUGUCGACACCUGCAGUCUCCUGCAUUAUCAGGAAGAUCAAGGCAGCUGGUGGGAUCAUCCUAACAGCCAGCCACUGUCCUGGAGGACCAGGGGGAGAGUUUGGAGUGAAGUUUAAUGUUGCUAAUGGAGGUCCUGCAUCAGAUGCCGUCUCAGACAAAAUCUACCAGAUCAGCAAAACAAUUGAGGAAUAUGCCAUAUGUCCUGAUCUUCGAAUUGACCUAUCUCGACUAGGAAGACAAGAAUUUGACCUGGAGAACAAGUUCAAACCAUUCAGAGUGGAGAUUGUGGACCCCGUUGACAUCUAUCUCAACCUCCUUCGGACUAUCUUUGACUUUAAUGCCAUCAAGAGUUUGCUGACAGGGCCCAGCCAGCUGAAGAUCCGUGUUGAUGCUAUGCACGGAGUUAUGGGACCUUAUGUAAGAAAAGUUCUGUGUGAUGAACUGGGAGCUCCAGCAAACUCUGCAAUAAACUGUGUCCCAUUAGAAGACUUUGGAGGGCAGCACCCAGACCCGAACCUGACAUAUGCAACCACCCUUCUGGAAGCCAUGAAGGGGGGAGAAUAUGGAUUUGGAGCUGCAUUUGAUGCUGAUGGGGACCGCUACAUGAUCCUUGGCCAAAAUGGCUUCUUUGUGAGUCCCUCAGACUCCCUCGCCAUCAUCGCUGCCAACCUCUCUUGCAUUCCGUAUUUCCGUCAGAUGGGGGUUCGUGGCUUUGGGAGGAGUAUGCCAACCAGCAUGGCUCUGGACAGAGUGGCUAAAUCAAUGAAGGUCCCUGUGUAUGAGACCCCUGCUGGAUGGAGAUUCUUCUCAAAUCUGAUGGAUUCCGGACGAUGCUCUCUGUGUGGCGAGGAGAGCUUCGGCACUGGGUCUGAUCACCUCCGAGAGAAAGAUGGCCUCUGGGCUGUCUUGGUCUGGCUGUCCAUUAUUGCUGCCCGGAAACAGAGCGUGGAGGAAAUUGUUAGAGAUCAUUGGGCCAAAUAUGGCCGCCACUACUACUGCAGAUUUGACUACGAGGGACUGGAGCCCAAGGCAACGUAUUACAUCAUGAGGGACCUGGAGGCCCUGGUUACAGACAAGUCCUUCAUCGGCCAGCAGUUUGCUGUGGGGAGCCACAUUUACAGUAUUUCAAAGACCGACAGCUUUGAAUAUGUCGACCCCGUGGAUGGCACUGUGACCAAGAAACAGGGCCUGAGGAUCAUUUUCUCCGAUGCAUCACGGCUCAUAUUCCGGCUCAGUUCCUCCAGCGGUAUGCGGGCCACCAUCAGACUGUAUGCAGAGAGCUACGAGAGAGAUCCCAGUGGUCACAACCAGGAACCACAGGCAGUGCUGAGCCCUCUCAUUGCCAUCGCGCUGAAAAUAUCCCAGAUUCACGAGAGAACUGGCCGGAGAGGGCCCACCGUCAUCACCUGAGCCAGCACAGGGCCGAAGAGCACUCUGAGAGAUGCUUCACCAUGCCUUCUUGCUUCCUGUUUGUGCCUCUUAGGACUUUGGAAAAACAAAAGCUAUUUUGCUGUUUGGGGUGGGGGGUAAAAGGAGGGUGGGAAGGAGGGGAAGUACCCCUUUUGUUUUGAUUUGUCCAGUUCUUCCAAAUCAGCAGGGUCUUUAGUUGUCUGCCAGAGCUUCACUAUGGUUUAAUGCCAGGAUUUCAUCACACCAAAGCGUUUCCCUUUUUGAAAAAGAUAGGUGCCCUGGGGAACUAUUAAUCACAGCUCUUGUAUAUUUCUGAUGUCUUGUGAGAAAAAAAUUCUGAGAGACAGGAGAGAGAGAGAGAGAGAGAGAGAGAGAGAGAGAGAGAGAGAGAGAGAGAGGAAGAAGAGGAGAGAAUAGGAUUAGACUGACUCUAAGUUCUAAGUGCUUUGGGUAGGCAGAAGACCUCACCAACAUGGAGGAAGACUCAUUUGUAUCCUUAUUCAGAUCCACCAUGGCAAAAGGUUAGAACUUCUAGGAGACACCUCCCUCCCACCGGCCAUGAAAUGGCCGUGCUUCCCAGCCUGCCAACAUCUCUGCACCACCUCUCUUACUCUUCUAGAGUUUUCUAUGAUUCACAAUGACACACAUCCAACAAGACAUAUGAAAAGGUGUUUUCCUUUCUUUUAUUUUGCAUGUAGUAUUCAUUUAGCCACCAAGCUGCCUGCAUCCCUCUGAACAUAGCCAUUUCCCGUGCAGGUGGGGAAGGAUUUUCUAGAAAGGACUAAAAGUGAGGAGGAGGCUUUCUUGAUUACAUCACAGAAGCCAAUGCAUGAGUUUGUAUAAAUUCUCCCAGGAAGAAUACCAGCGCUUGUUCUGAUCUUGCUCACAGUGGCUAGAUGAAGGAGAGCAGAAGGGCCUGAAGUAUUUAACGGGAUAGUUGUGGGCCCUAUGAGACAGAGGGGUAGAUUGUCCCAACUGGCUUUCUUUGCCUGGGAGGGAAAGAGACCUGGCAGAUCCAGCACGCACGUGGACUAGGGCAGAGUCCUCAGCCAGGCACGGGAUGUGUUUGCUUAUGUUUGUCUCCCUUGGGAACUGCAGGUUCACUUAUCACACAAUUUGAGGAGGUGACCUAGUGCCCCUUUACUGUUAAGCAAGGCAUGAUUGCUGUCAUCGAGGUCAGUGCCACGAGGAAACAUUCCCAGCAAGGUGUUUGUUUCCGUUUUCUCUCUAUGCUUCUGUCAAAAAACUUGCUAGGACACUUAGUCAUCAAUAAAACAGAAUUUCCUUGUUUUAACCUCCAUACAAGAUUGUGGGCCUCAGCUCCUUUGUGGCUCUUGUGGCUUUGCCAUUCCAUCAGUGGCCACCUGUACUGAUAAAUCAGCCGCUCAGAACACUGGCACGACUGUUGGUAGUUCUGAUGACUUGGUAAACGGAUUCUUAAAAGUAUGACGGGGGAAAAAAACAGAAUUGCUCAAAAUCAAUUUUGGGAAUCAACAUAAAUUAAAAUGGCAUCUAGCCAUUCACCAUAACAUGGUUUACUUCGGAAUAACAGGAAGGUGGCUUUUAGCUAAGAUUACUUUUUUUAAAAAGUUAUAAAAAGUAUGUCACGGAUGGAAAAGUUUUGCCUUGUGGCUUUCAUUCUCAUUAUCUCUGGAGUAAAGGUCACCGAUAACGUCUAUAUUCAUUCACUGUAGACAUGUUUUCAGUGUUAUCUGACAGGUCCUUUGGCAUAUCAACUAUAGCUGGGCAAGCAAAUAUUUUCAAGUUCCUGAACUUAAAUCAUCUCUAGCUUUCAAGUUCAAGUUCUACUUAAACAUUCUGUUUCUUUUUUUAAAAAUGUAUAUGUAGUAGCCCAAUUUAUAGUCACCUAUUUGCUCAUUCAUUCAUUCAUUCAUUCAUUCAGCAAACACUGGUUGAAUAGCUACUCCAGGCAUAUUUCUGUUUUUGAUGUACCAGGAAGAUGGAUAAAGUUAUUCUUGCUCUUAGGAAUUUACAAUUUUGGGAGAGUUGGCUGUAAUAAAAACCCAGAAGUAAUUGGGGAAGCGUAAAUGUUACAGCAGAGAUGUAAGCAUGAGCUUUGGGGACAUACUGAGGGUAAUUGACUCAGAAACCAUGGGACACCUGGAACAGGACACUUUUCCUAAACAAUAGGGUUUCUUGGGAACCAUAAGCAUUUGUAUAAUUUGCCAGAGAUGAAUGGAAGCAACAAGACAGAACAGUCUUUGUUAGCCAGGACUUACAGAAGAGGUUGAUUGAGGGCCACAUUUGGUGUGGUGGGUGACAUUCAGGGAGACACAGGAUAUGACAUCAAGGGCAGCAGAUCUGAGUGGCCACCAUUUUCUCUUAGUUAUAUUAACAAACAGUAGGUCUCCCUCAGUGACUCUAGGACAUGGCCUGUCUUUGGACCCUCUCAAGUUCACAUUGCUGAGGAAUUAUUUCUUCUGCCUUAACCCAAGAUUGCAUGUGUGUAUUCUUGUAUUAUUCUCCUGUGAGAUGGAAGCCAGCAACACACUCUUCCCUAUAUGAUGCUCUGCUUGUCAAAGACAGAGGUCCAAUAGCCAGCCUUUAAGUGCAAAUGUCCAGAGGGUCAUUGAGAUGGCUGGAGGGUGGAUGAAGGCAUUACUACAGAAGCCGAACGAGGGGCUUGCCUUUAGUCCUCAGUAUCUAGAUAAAGGUAGGAAGAGAGACCUCACAACAAGGAGUUGUCCUCUGACCUUCACAUGUGUCCUGGCAUGUGCAUCCCCCACACACAUUCAUUUUUUUAAAAAUCAGAAUAAGCAGCAUGAGACAUAAAAGAGUUUUAUGGGAGCCAGCACAGUGAAUCAGAGACGAGGUUAUGGUUAAAGUGAAGUAACUAUUUGAGCAAAUCUGGUGAUCUUCUAGCACCAAGGGAUUCCAUUACUGUAGCAUAUGAGCAUAUGCCUCGGGAAAGUGUCAAGCCAACACACACACACACACACACACACACACACACUUAUAUAGUGAUUCUUAACCAGGACAUCAUCCCAUGCAUCUAGGAGAUUUGGAAAUGUGUAUGUAUAUAAUAAUGCCAGGGAGGCAUUUAUAGGAAGAACUGGGGUAUUAAAUACUGUACCUGUCAGCCAUUCCCCCAAAAUAAGAUGUUGCUUUGUUUCA